AUGGUCAAGGACAGAAUUCCAUUGCAUGUGAUGAUGCUUACGUAUGUGUCGUAUUUUGUUGUUAUUCUACUAGGAAAUGCUAGAGACACGUUUGGAAAGUUGUUUUUUCCUGGAUACUACCGAAAGUACAAGCAUGAUGAUGGCAUGCCGCCUCUGUACAGUAGCUUUGAGAGCUUUUUCAGUGGAAGACUGUUCCGCAGAAUCAGGGAUUGCUGGGAAAGGCCGAUUGCUGGCAUACCUGGCAGAAAGGUUAUGGUUAUAGAGCGUAUCUCUGUGGAUCACAAUGAGAGUUUCAAGCAUACGGGUAAGACGGUGGAGCUGCUUAACUUUGGAUCAUACAACUACCUUGGGUUCAGCAGCAAUCGCGGGCCUAUCACAGAAAAGGUAAUAGACACAUUGUAUAAGUAUCCUCUUGUGCUGUCUGCACCUUCGCGAGAGGUGGGAUGCUAUAGCAUCAUAACCGAGCUUGAGCAGGAAAUGGCGUCGUUUCUGUAUCAGGAGGAUUGCAUUGUGUUUUCUAUUGGAUAUGGAACAAACUCUGCAAACAUACCCGUGCUAUGCGAUGAGGAGACUCUUAUAUUGUCUGAUGAGCUCAACCAUGCAUCGCUCAUUACAGGCACAAGAAUCAGCAAGGGCACAGUAAGAGUGUUUGAGCACAACAACAUGCAGGACCUCGAGGAGAAGCUUGUGUUCAACAUUUCGCAGGGGCAGCCACUGACUCACAGGGCAUGGAAGAAGAUCGUGGUAAUUGUAGAAGGGAUAUACUCGAUGGAAGGCACAAUAGUCGACAUGAAGAAGCUUGUUGAGCUUAAGAAAAAAUACAAGUUCUACAUAUUUGUGGACGAGGCGCACUCAAUCGGUGCACUGGGCCGUACUGGGCGAGGCGUGUGUGAGUAUACUGGCGUAGACUUCAGAGAUAUCGAUGUUUUUAUGGGCACAUUCACCAAGUCAUUUGGAAGCAUGGGAGGAUACAUAGCAGGAUCGAAGAAGUUGGUGACAUGGCUGAGAUUCUACAGCGAUUUGUCCAUGCAUGGCGAUCAACUGCCGCCGUUUGCAUGCUCACAGGCUCUGGAAAGCUUGAGAUGCAUAAAGUACACUGAAGAAGGGAGGAACAAGAUUGAGAGACUCGGUGCGAAUACUGCUCUUAUGAGGAAAAUGCUUGUCAGCGAAGGAUUUUUCGUGCUUGGGGAUGAUGCAUCGCCUGUAAUACCUGUGCUGAUAGUUUACCCUGCAAAGAUAGGCGAGAUUUCCAGAAGAUGCAUGGCAGAGGGUAUUGCUGUUGUGGUGGUGGGAUAUCCAGCAACGCCGAUUCUUACAAGCCGGAUGAGGUUGUGUGCGUCUGCAUCUCACAGCACAGAGGAUGUGCAGAAUGCUAUGGAGGUUAUCAAUAGGAUAGGAGGGGAGCUUGGGAUGAAGAUGUGUAAGUGA